GGCAGAGGAGGAGACCCUGACGUGACACACACGUAAGAGACGUCUGCCUGGCUGAGAGUGCACGAAGCUGCCCCCAGAGGCUGAUACCGGCAACAGAGCCAGGGAGACGGGAGGGAGGAUCACAACACUGCAUGUGUGAAAUCAGGACGAAGCAGAAAGAAUGAAGCGGAGAGAACAUGCACAGAAGGGGGUGUCUGGGUCCUUAUUGCAGAGCACGCAGGCGGAUUCUAAAGGGGUCACAAGCCCUCCGGGCCGGACUACUAAAAGGAAAAAGAAAUUUUCAUCCCGCUUGGUUUCCUUCCUAAAACUGUUUGCCUUGGCUCUUCUAAUUAUCUACAUAAGCAUUCCGUUCAUCAUUCGACUUUUUCCUGUUCUGCUGGCCAAAGUGGUUUUUUUAAAUAUAAUAAGGGCUCCAUAUUUUGUGGAUUUCACUCAGCCAGAGGUGUAUUUAAACCACACUACAAACUUCUACCUCACAACUGAAGAAGGAGUUACAGUUGGUGUAUGGCAUACUGUUCCUGUCAGCAGGGGGGACGAAGCAAGAGGGAAAGACCAGCACUGGUAUGAAACUGCUCUGUCGGAUAAUAAUCCAGUUAUAAUUUAUCUCCAUGGAAAUGGCGGUACAAGGGCUAUAGAUCAUAGAGUACAGCUGGUAAAGAUUUUAAGUGCAGCUGGAUUCCACGUGUUAUCAAUUGACUAUAGAGGUUUUGCCGAUUCCACUGGUGAACCAAGUGAGGAGGGAGUAACCACAGACUCAGUGUAUAUAUACGAGUGGGUAAAGGCACGGACCAGGGGAAGUCCUGUUUGUUUGUGGGGGCACUCUCUGGGGACUGGAGUGGCAACCAAUGCAGCCCGGAAGCUCCAGGAAAAAGGGAAUUCUGCUGAUGGGGUUAUACUUGAAGCUCCUUAUACCAACAUCCGGGAAGAAGGAGAACAUCAUCCUUUUGGCAAAAUCUACCACUUAUUCCCGGGAUUUGGAUAUUUUUUCCUGGACACAUUUGGACUGAACAAUAUUUUUUUUCGAAAUGAUGAAAAUGCUAAAAUUCUAUCCAGUCCAAUCCUUAUCCUGCACGCAGAAGACGAUAAUGUUGUCCCUUCAACGAUGGCAAGAAAGCUCCAUCAAAUUGGUGUAAACCACAAUUUGAAAGAUAAGGUGAAGCUGGUUUUAUUUCCUGCUGAACAUGGCUACAGACACCAGUACAUUUAUAAAGAUCCAAAACUUGGAGAGAUAGUAUGGACUUUUCUGAAUGCACUCUAAACUCACACCCUGUAUUUAAUGAGUCAUAUCUGUUCUGCAUAGUGAUCAUUACAUUAAAGUUUGACUUUUCAA